AUGGGAUCUGCCUCCUCAACUUACCGGCCCAAGUGUAUUUAUUUGGAUAUUGAUGGAAGAAUUCAAAAGGUGAUCUUUAGUAAAUACUGCAACUCCAAAGAUAUUAUGGACCUCUUCUGCAUCGCAACAGGGUUACCAAGGAACACAACGAUCUCCCUUUUGACAGCUGACAAUUGUAUGGUAUCCAUUGAUCCAACAAUGCCUGCAAACUCCGAGAGGUCUCCAUACAAAGUGAUACCUGUCGCCACUGGGCAGCUCUCAGAGAAAGAAGAAUUGUUCCAGAAUUUACUGGGACAGAUUGCUGAGCAGUUCUCAAGGGUUUUUAAAAUCAAUGAGCUGAAAACGGAAGUAGCUAAUCACUUGGCAAUGCUGGAGAAAAAGGUUGAAUUGGAAGGCCUGAAAGUAGUGGAGAUUGAGAAAUGCAAGAGCGACAUUAAAAAGAUGAGGGAGGAAAUGGCAGCGAGAAGCAGCAGGACUAACUGUCCCUGCAAGUACAGCUUUUUGGAUGAAAACAAGAGGCCGACUCCCCGGCGCGAUGUACCAUCCUACCCAAAGUACAUGCUGUCCCAGGAGACCAUAGAAGCGCUUCGGAAACCAACCUUUGACGUCUGGCUGUGGGAACCCAACGAGAUGCUGAGCUGUUUGGAACAUAUGUACCAUGAUCUUGGGUUGGUAAAAGACUUCAACAUCAAUCCUAUCACAUUAAAGAGGUGGUUGCUGUGUAUUCAUGACAAUUACAGAAACAACCCCUUUCAUAAUUUCCGGCACUGCUUCUGUGUGACCCAGAUGAUGUACAGCAUGAUCUCGCUCUGCAGCCUCCAGGAGAAAUUUUCCCAAACUGACAUCUUGAUUCUCAUGACGGCAGCAGUAUGCCAUGACUUGGACCAUCCAGGCUAUAAUAAUACCUAUCAGAUAAAUGCACGAACUGAGCUCGCGGUACGCUACAAUGACAUCUCCCCACUGGAGAACCACCACUGCGCUGUGGCUUUUCAGAUCAUUUCCCAGCCAGAAUACAACAUUUUCUCCAACGUCGACCAGGACCAAUUCAAAAAGAUACGACAGGGGAUAAUUACGUUAAUCCUGGCUACAGACAUGGCGAGACAUGGAGAAAUACUGGACUCUUUCAAGGAAAAAAUGGAAAAUUUUGAUUACUCAAAUGAAGAACACAUGACCUGUCUGAAGAUGGUACUGAUAAAAUGCUGUGAUAUCUCCAAUGAAGUCCGCCCAAUGGAAGUAGCGGAGCCCUGGGUAGAUUGCCUACUAGAGGAGUAUUUUAUGCAGAGCGACCGAGAAAAAUCUGAGGGGCUUCCAGUGGCACCGUUCAUGGACCGCGAUAAAGUGACCAAGCCGACAGCACAGAUUGGCUUCCUCAAGUUCGUCCUCAUCCCCAUGUUUGAAACAGUAACGAAGCUAUUCCCAGAAGUGGAGGAGGUGAUGCUCCAGCCCCUUUGGGAAUCCAGGGACCGCUAUGAGGAAUUAAAACAGAUAGAUGAUGCUAUGAAAGAAUUGCAGAAAAAGAAAAGUGAAAGUCUGACCACCGGCCGUACCGAAAAGUGA